GAAGACCUGAACUCCCAAGACGAGUAUGAAUAUCUUCAGGAAUAGUAUUCCACGCAAAUGAAAUAAAUUUUUGGGACAUGGCAAGAUGGUCAACUUGUAAAUCUUACGCCCUUAAGUAUCAUUUCAGAUUAUGCCUCCACAUGGAUUUUGCAACUAACUCCGAACAUGAACUACUAUUUCCGGCUCGUCGUGCACCUUUUAAUAAUUCUGCUCUUGCAUAAAAUUUUUGAGAUAACCACUAUCGCAUGUUGAUUACAUAAUACAUCAUGUCAAACAAUUUGCCUUCUUCUUCGCAAAUGGGAAGUCAACUGAAGUCUGAGGAGUGCUUAGGCCAUUUAUCCAAAUUUGGUGUUGUUUGUUAAAUGACAAGACCUUUUCAUGGCCUAAUCAUAGGUGGUAUGUCAAUUGGCGCAAUGCAGAUCUGGUACAAAUUCACGACCAUUUAGCAACCUAACUUCAACCCAGAUCAAUUUUAUCUUAACUUUCCAUUAAUCAUUCAUUGAUGCCAUUUUUAAAGCUAAGCGACGGAGCCGAACUAUUCUACAAAGACUGGGGUAACGCUGAUGGUGAAAUUGUCACGUUCUCUCAUGGAUGGCCUUUGAGCAGUGACAAUUGGGAGAACCAGAUGGUUUUUCUGGCAAAUAAGGGCUACCGAGUGAUUGCUCAUGAUCGUCGAGGCCAUGGAAGGUCGACGCAAACUUGGGAUGGAAACAAUAUGGAGACCUUUGUGGAUGACUUAGAAGAGUUGUUUAAGCAUCUACAGGUGAAAGAUGCAGUCAUGGUCGGCCACUCCCAUGGCGGUGGCGAGGUGACUCACUAUCUUGGAAAACAUGGGACAGGCAGGGUCAAGAAAGCAGUUCUUGUCUGUGCUGUGCCUCCAUUGAUGGUAAAGACUGCUUCAAACCCCGAUGGUCUAGACCGGUCUGUUUUCGAUGGUUUUCGUGAAGCGAUGCACAAGGACCGGGCUCAGUUUUUCCUUGACAUUCCUAGGGGGCCUUUUUUUGGCUUCAACAGAGAGAACGCUCAGGUGAGUGAGGGACAAAUCUGUAGUUGGUGGCGGCAGGGUAUGGCUACCAGCUUCAAAUCUGCUUUCGAUUGCAUCCGCGAUUUCUCCGAGACCGACUUCACCGAAGACUUGAAGCGUAUUGAUGUACCUGUUCGGGUGCUUCAUGGAGAUGAUGACCAAGUGGUGCCAAUCAAAAUUUCUGGACUCAAAUCGGUGAAACUUUUGCAGAAAGGGACUCUUAAAGUCUACAAAGGAGGCUCGCAUGCCAUCCAUAACAUAAAUGUUGAUGAAGUCAACAACGAUUUGUUGGAAUUUAUAAGAGGGUAGGAAAAUGGGAUUUAUAUGUAUCCAUAGCUACCUACCUUUUUUCUAUGGUAAAUGAAUAAGGUCAACAACGUAGUGAUGC